AUGGCGCGGGAGAACGAGAUGCAGGAGUUCAUCCGUAGCUUCUUCCGAGGCCGCCCGGACCUCAGCACGCUCACGCACUCCAUAGUGCGGCGGAGGUUCUUGGCUCACGCGGGCCGCGACCACCUGGAACCCGACGAGAAGCAAGCACUAAAGCGGCUGGUGGAGAAGGAGCUGCUGAAAGUGCAGGUGGAUGAAGCAGGUGCCAGGGAAGAGAGGCCAGAUCUUGCCAAGAAGGCUAAGAGGCCUCCCACCCCCAGCAGUGGCCCUGGGAGAAAAAGGUUCCGUUUCGAUUCGGAGUCAGAGCCCAGCUCUGCAGCCUCCAGUCCAGACUGUUUUGGCCUCUCAGCAAAGAAUGGGAUGGCAGCAGAAGUCAGUUCAGCAGAGGAGGAGAGUCCAAAGCGAGCCUCAAGGAAAGCAGUUGAGGAGAGCAGUGAUGAGGAACAGCAGAGGGACCUGGCUGCAAAGACUGGAUUAGAGAGGGAGGAAGAGAGCAGUGAGGAAGAUGAGGAAGGGGACGAGGAGGAGUCCAGAGGCAGGAUUGGGAAGAAACCUGUGACAAAGAAUAAGCAGGCACCGGGCAAAACCUCAGCCAGUAGGAAGCAGGCCAGGGAAGAGAGUGAAGACAGUGAGGAGGAACCUGCCCAGAGGACAAGAAAGAAGGUGGAGGGAAAGAAAGGUGCUGAAAGCCACCAGGAAAGUGCAAAGGACAGUGAGGAGGAAGACACCAUAGCCAAGAAGAAAGAGAACAGAGAGAAAGAGGAAAAGGAUUGGAAAGCUGGAGCCCGGGGCAGUGGAGGGAAAAAGUCAGCUUGGGAGGAGAGGAGCUGCGAGCAGAAAAGCAGGGCAGCCAGGCUACUAGGAGACUUGGGGGAAACAGAGGAAGAAGAGGAAAAAGCAGCAGCAGGCAGUGGGGAUAACAGCGGGGGAGAUGAAAAGCCCCUGGUGCAGAGAAAGAGCAAGGACAGGACCCCGCAGAAAGGUGGGAAAAGGCAGAGUGGAAGCAGCGAGGAUGGGGAAGACAGUUGGAGAAAGGUGAAACCAACUGCUGAAGGUGCUGGAAAGACAGCCAAAGCGGGCGGUAUCAGUGGUGAGGCGAGUGACUCAGAGAGGGAGGUGAGUGACAGUGAGGCAGAGGAUAGCCUUAAGGGGGAGAGGGGGAACCGCUCUUCCAAGAAAAGCUCCAGGAAAGGCCGGGCACGAAGCUCCUCCUCCUCUUCCACAGAUGGCAGUCCGCAGUCCAAAGGCAGGAAGGCUGGCUCCGGUCGCCGUGGUGAGGACCACCCAGCCGUGAUGAGGCUAAAGCGCUACAUUCGGGCCUGUGGUGCCCAUAGAAACUACAAGAAGCUUCUGGGCCCCUGCCGCUCACACAAGGAGCGCCUCAGUGUCCUCCGGGCAGAGCUGGAUGCCCUGGGCAUGAAGGGCAAUCCUUCCUUAGAGAAGUGUCGGGCCCUGAAGGAGCAGCGGGAGGAGGCGGCUGAGGUAGCCUCCUUGGACAUUACCAACAUCAUCAGUGGUUCAGGUCGGCCACGCAGACGCACGGCUUGGAACCCUUCAGGAGAAGCAGAUCCUCCAGGGGAGCUAUACCGCCGGACUUUGGGCUCAGAGGAUGAACAGCCCCGCCCCCCACCCCCAGAUUGGUCACAUAUGCGUGGCAUCAUCAGCAGUGAUGGGGACAGUAACUGA